CCCAGACUCAGGCCGGUAAGGGAGAGUCGGCGAAGUACUGGCCACGCCCCGAAGAGGCGGAGCUCAGCAGAGCGGCCCGCAACGGAGGGUCUGUCUGCUGAUGAUGGAGGAGAAGGAGGAAGGUGAUGAUGAGGAAGCCUGGCUGCAACUCCGACCCACUGAACCUUUGCCUGCUCAAUGCUGUGGCGGCGGCUGCAAACCCUGCGUGUUUGACAUCUACUACCAGGAGCUCGCUUGGUGGGAAAAAGCCCAGGCCAAGAAAGAUAAGAGCCUCCUGUGGAGAAAGAAGGAAGAGCAACGCCGCCCAGAGCUGAGCCUGGAAACCUUUCGGGCCUUCAGCAUUAGCGCCAUGGAGCAGCUGACGGACGACACCUGCCGGGUCCGCUUUGCACUGCCUGGGAACACGCAGCUGGGGCUGAGCCCCGGACAGCAUCUCAUCUUACGGGGGACCGUGGAUGGUUUGGAAAUUCAGAGAGCCUACACCCCAAUUAGCCACGGGAACACUGAGGGGUAUUUUGAAGUUUUAAUUAAGUGCUAUGAGACGGGGCUCAUGUCCCAGUAUGUCAAGUCCUGGAAAGUUGGCGAUGCAGCAUUUUGGCGAGGACCUUUUGGAGGCUUCCCCUACAGAGCGAACCAGAAUGGAAGCUCCUUGAGGACAGGAACUGUUUCAGUUUCGUCUCUGUGUCCCCAUUGCCAAGCACAAUGUCUGGCACAUAGUAGGCACGUCGUUUUGCAGUAUGGUGAGCUUCUCAUGCUGGCCGCGGGCACUGGCCUGGCGCCCAUGCUGCCCAUCCUGAAGGAGAUCACAGACAAUGAGGAGGACGAGACAUUCCUCACCUUGGUCAGCUGCUUCAAGACCUUUGAGGGCAUCUACCUGAAGCCCCUCCUCCAGGACCAGGCUCGCUAUUGGAACGUUCGGACCUUCUUCGUACUCAGUCAGGAAGCUUCUCUGGACAAACUGCCCUGGAGCUACCAAGAGAAGACCCACCUGGGCCGUCUAAGCCAGGCGCUGGUGCAGGAGCUGGUCGACUCCUGCCGGAGGAAGCCCUUUGCCCUGGUCUGCGGCCCACCCGAGUUCGUUAGCGACAUGGCCUUGUGUUUGCAGGGGGCCGGGCUGACCCAGGGGUCCUACUUCCUGUUUUAGCACCGGCCGGCCAUGGAAGGAGCAGAGAAGCCGGAGAGAGGACGUCACAGCCCAUCCCUCCGACCCCGUCGUUACGGCCGAGGAGAGGGUGGCCCAGGGAGGUUAGAGCUUUGGGUCAAGGUGGCGGCGUUAGAGGAAGCAAACGCUAUCACAGAGGAAAGAACACCGGAGCCAGAGGCAGAGGACUGGAGUUCACAUCCUCCACAGCAAACACCCCUCAAGAGGGGUGACCCAGCUUCCACUUGCAGACCUGUAGUGAUGGGCAGCUCAUCGUCUCCCGAGGCAGUCCAAUUCACAGCAGGCCAGCUCCAGGUUAUAGAAAAUUCUUCCUGACACCGACCUGAAGUCUGCCCCAGUCCAUCUACUCAUUGGUCCAAAUUCUACCCUUUCUCCUUGAGGUCCUUAAAGACAGCUCUCCUGUGCCCGAUGAGCCUUCUCAUCCCCAAGCCGAGCUUCUGGGGUCCUUGCGUAGUCUUCACACGCGGCAUGGUCUCUGCCCAUUGCCUUUAAUUCUGCCUUCAGGGCCAAGCUCAGAAUCACAGGAUCUCAGGGCUGGGGAGGGAAGCCAGGGGCCGCCUCGUCUAAUUGCUGCUACCUGAACGGGAAUCAACAACGCCCCUGACAAGCAGUCAUCAUCCUGCUGUGUAAUACUUCUAGUGACGGAGACCUCAUUACCUCAUGAGGCGGCCCAUUCCAGGCUCGGACAGUUCUGACGGCUAAAACGAUGUGUCCUGGUUUCAGGCCAAAUGAUCAGCUUCUCUGUGCCUUGCCCCGCUUGUUUCUGGGCAUAGGGCAUUGAUGGGGGCACAGAGGGAGCCUCAGUGUUGUGGGAGGCAUGGGUUAGGGAGGAGGGAGUAGAGACAAACUGCUCAUUCCACGGCAUUACCAUCGGCCACCAUGUCUUCAGAUCUCCCAGGAAUGGGGGAAAGCCCAGUGGAUUCACUUAGAAAAGGACUCUUGAGCUCCUGAGAGGUUUCUCCUGUGAGCGAGUGGUCAUAGGUCUUGGGAUUUAGAAGGGGUCUUAGAAAGCCUUGCUCCAAGCCCCUCGCUUAACUGAUCAGCUGAUGGUGGCCCAAGGUCAUAAAGGCAUUGAACAGCAGAGCCAGCAUCUGAACCCAGGUCUUUGGCGUCCAUUAUAGCCUGGGCUCUUCUCCCUUUACCUCACCUGUCACUAACUGCAGGCUCUGUUGUCUUAUAUCAGAAGCUCCUUGCCUUCAUGUCAAAGACGUGGAGGCAGGACACCUGCCCUCUAGGGGCAUGGCUCUGUCCCAAGUGGGCUGGGUUGGUACAUCCAGGUAUAGGUUGUCUCCCAUGAUAGAAUGUAAGCUCUUUGAGAGCAGGGGCUAUUUCUUUGUGUCCCUAGUGCCUAGCACAGUGCCUCACACAUAGCUGGUGCUCAAUAAAUGCUCGUAAAUGGAUUGAUUGUGUGGACACAGCUAGAUGUGCUCCAGGGUGAGUCAGGCAGGCUGGGGGGAGGUGGUUAUCAGAACGCUGGUCAGCAAAGUAGAGGUAAGGACACAAAGCUGCGCUGUCCAGGAGGUGGAGGGGCAGCAAUAGUCCCGCUGUCUUCUACCCUGGUCAGACCACAUCAGGAAAGGAAGGUCCUUGACCCCCAGGAGUUCACAGGAAGGGAACCUCAAGUCCAACCCUCUCAUUUUACAGAUAAGGAAACUGAGGCCACGGGGGUUUAAUGACUUGCCCAAGGUCACACAGUUAAUAUAAAAGGCAGGAUUUGAAUCCACUUUCUCUGACUCCGGAACUUCUGCUAAGAAAAUAUAAGCAGGAGAAUUAAAUUACCUUUAUGACAUGUGGGUGUCACAAGGUUUUGUAUGUAAGAUGACGGCUUUUCCCCAGUAAACUCACAGAAAAGAGGAAAAAUAGUCUCAUGUGUUAGACUACUGUUAACAGCUUUUGGUGUUUGCUGGAUUAUUCGUGGAUGUUCAACCCAAGGUCAUUCAUUCACGCAGCCUGGGGGUCCGGUCCUGUUGUCUCACCGUCCACCUCUCCUAUACACCCUUCUCUCCAUUCACACAAUCCCUCUUGACCUCUCACCUGGAUUAUUUUUUCUUUUUAUUGAUUUUGUUAAUA